AUGCUCCGCCAAGGUGAGCAGCGCACCGGGAGGGCACCGGGUGCCGCGGGCACCGGGGGCAGCGAGGCCGGCCCCGAAGUUUGUCUCCCCGCCGAAGUUGGGGCCGCGCCGCCGGGCGCCCCCCGCCGCCACCGCGUUACCGGCGCCGCCACCGAGGCUCGGGCACCCCCCGGGGAGCGGCACCGGCGGGAGCGCAGCGCGGCGGGGAGGCCGGGAGACCGGGAGGAGCGAAGGGAGGCAGGGCAGGCGCCGGGUCCCGCAGGACCGGGGACGCGGCGGGUCCCGCGGGCACCGGGCUACGGCGGGUCCCGGAGGCAGCGGGCAUGCGGCGAGCGCGGGGGGGGGAUCGGUGCUCGUUCCUCAGGGCGAGGGAACGGCAAACGGGGCUCACCGGGGAGCGCGGGGGCUUCGGCGGGGAAGUUGGGGCGAGCCGUCCCGUUCGGCCCCCCCCGAGGAGAAUCGCUCCGCUGUGACAUCACGCGAUUUCCAUGGCAACCGCCUGGGACAUCAUCGGGGAGCUUUGUGACAUCACGCCCAGGGGAGCUGCCGGCCCUCCCGGGGGGUCCGGGACGGUGGGGCGGGGGGGGCAGGACCCCCAGGCCCGCUGCACCGGGGCCGGUCCCGGGAGAUGCUGGGGACAGCGGUGCCGUGCGGGGGGACCCCGGCUGGAGCCCCGGUGCUGUCCCGUGCCCCGGGGAGGGGGCGGCCGCACAGCCCCAGGCCCAGCCCUCGCCACCGGCAGCACAUGCCCCACUCUCCGACGAGGCUCGGGCAGAGGAGAAGUCUCCACAGCAGCGAUGGGUGGGCGGGAGGUGCCCGGUUCCCGCUGACGCCGCUCUCCCCUCUCUCCGCACAGGGGGGUUUGCGGAGCUGCUGCUGGUGCUGCUGGGGCUGAAGGUGCCCGGCGCCCUGGGCUGCCCCACCGACUGCGUGUGCUACCCCUCCCCGAUGACUGUCAGCUGCCAGGCUCACAACUUCGUCACCAUCCCCGAGGGCAUCCCCGAGGACAGCGAGAGGAUCUUCCUCCAGAACAACCAGAUCACCUUGCUGCUGCGGGGCCACUUCAGCCCUUCCAUGGUCACCCUCUGGAUCUACUCCAACAACAUCACCUUCAUCGACCCCAACACCUUCGAUGGGUUCAUCAACCUGGAAGAGCUGGACCUGGGGGACAACCGCUACCUAAGGGCUUUAGCUGCAGACACUUUCCAAGGGCUGGUGAAACUCCACGCCUUGUAUCUGUACAAGUGUGGGCUGAGCUCUCUCCCCAGCGGGAUUUUCGGUGGCCUCCACAACCUGCAAUACCUUUACCUGCAAGACAACCACAUUGAGUUCCUUCAGGAUGAUAUUUUUGUUGACUUGGUUAACCUCAGCCAUCUUUUUCUCCAUGGAAACAAGCUCUGGAGCCUCCAUCAGAACACGUUCAGGGGACUAAUAAACCUGGAUCGGCUGCUCAUCCAUCAAAAUCAGCUGCAGUGGAUUCAUAGGCGGGCUUUUCAUGACCUCCGAAGAUUGACCACCCUUUUCCUCUUCAAUAACAGCCUCUCGGAGCUGCAGGGGGACUGCCUGGCCCACCUGGGAGCCCUGGAGUUUCUCAGGCUGAAUGGGAACCCGUGGAGCUGCGACUGCAAAGCCCGUUCCCUCUGGGAAUGGCUGCACAGGUUCCGAGGCUCCAGCUCCAGCGUCAUCUGCGAGUCCCCCGAGCAGAUGCACGGCAAGGACCUCAAGGUGCUAAGAGCAGAAGACUUUAGGAACUGUUCAGGGUCCGAGUCGCUCCACCAGAUGAAAACACACACCUUCUCUACAGCGGACAGAGGAGCCUCCAAAUCCCACCACCCUCACCACUCCUCCAAGGAGAAGGGGAAGGAGCGAGGGGCUGAGAACAGUUUGCACAGCAACCAGCCCGCCGGCCCGCCGGGCUCCCGGCCGGGCUACCGCAAACCCGGCAAGAACUGCACCAGCCACAAAAGCCGCAACCGAACCUCCAAACCGGUGUCCUUGGGGCCGCGCAAAAACGGGCAGGAGUUCCCGGACUAUGUGCCUGAUUAUCAGCACAAAUACAGCUUCGGGGCCAUGCCCACGCUGUCCCCCAAGCGCAAGGGUAAGUGCACCCGGCGGACGCCCAUCCGCCCGCCCAGCGGGGUCCAGCAGGCGGCCGGCUGCCCGGGGCUCAGGGCGUCGCUCCUGGUUUUCCUGGUGGUGUUGGCAGCCGUCAUCCGCUGAGCCCCCCCAGCCCCGGCCGCGGACGGAGCGGAGCUUGUACUGCCACCAAUCUACAAAGGACCAGAGUUUCUUUUCUUCUUGUUUUUUUGUACGUGGCUCAGCGUUGGCCUGGCGAAGGGAAGAACGUUGUCUCGGCUUCCUGUGAGGGUUGUCUCCGUGCCCGGCCGGACUGUGCCGAGCGCAGCGGGAGCAGAUUAAAAGGCAUUAUCACACCUUGUCACAAACAGCCUAACCGAGCACCUACAACAAUAACAACAAAAAAGCCAACCUUACAAAAAGCAGAUAACAGGGGUGGUAACCAAUUCGUCGGUGACAGCACCCAGACAAAUGGACUGUAUCCAUGCUCUUGUGAAAUCCCGUUCGUUUGAGAGCGCUCCGAACGACCCCUCCAAUUACCGAAAGGAACAUAAUUGCUGUAAAGACCAUCACCGAUUAAGCCUACACUGUUUCUCUCUGAAAGUGAGUGCAAGGACACUGAUGCCGAUGUAACAAGGACAUUUGGUUCUCCCACGUUUUAGCCCUUUUGGCUCCAAACCCAGAGGCCAAAGUUGGCUGGGAAUCUCUUAGAAGACAAUCUCAAACCCCUGAAUAUCUCAGGCAUUACAGCAGAACAGGGCUUGCCUGCUGGGCUUGGAGUAGCCGACAACCAAAGGAAAGACUGAUUAGAGGUGGAAUUAAACAAAAAAAAAAAACAAAAAAACAAAACAAAACAAAAAACCAAACCCCAACAAACCCAACACAUAAAGAAAUGAGGUACCUGCAGGAGGUGUGUUUUUUGUAACCAUGUUCCCACAUCUGAGAAAAACACCCCAACAAUUGCACAGGCUCCCCCUCUUCCCCUCAAUUAUCCAUAUGUAUGUCUUACAAUGUUUAUAAACUAUAUGGAAACUGUAUCUUCAGAACUAAGGAUUGUAUUAUUGAAUUUA